UUUGCAGUGAAAUGUUCGACCCGACUGAUCACCAGCAUCGGCGCUUCAACCCGCUCAGCGGCCAGUGGGUGCUGGUUAGUCCGCAUCGCAUGAAGCGGCCUUGGGCGGGUCAGGAAGAAACACCGCCACCGGACGACCAGCCAGAGUUUGACCCGACCAAUCCGCUGUGUCCCGGAGUGACCCGCGCGAAUGGAACCAAAAACCCCAUCUACACUUCGACGUUCGUGUUUACGAACGACUUUCCGGCCCUGCUGGAGGACGUUCCCGAGCCGGCACCGAGCGAUGAUCCACUGUUCCAGGUUGCGCCGGCCCGGGGAACCUGCCGGGUGAUGUGUUUCCACCCGAAAUCGAACAAAACGCUCCCCCUGAUGGCACCCAAGGAGAUACGGAACGUGAUCGAUGCCUGGAUAGCCGAGUACCGGACGCUGGCGCAGCGCUACUGCUGGGUGCAGAUCUUCGAGAAUAAGGGCGCCACGAUGGGCUGCUCGAAUCCACAUCCGCACUGUCAGAUAUGGGCGUGCUCGUUUCUGCCGAACGAGCCGCAGUUGAAGGAUGAGAAGCUGCGCGAAUACUACGCCAAACACGGAACCGCGCUACUGGACGAUUACGUGAAGCAGGAAGUGGCCAAGAGGGAGCGUGUGGUCAUCGAAAACCCGGACUGGCUGGUGGUGGUUCCGUUCUGGGCCGUGUGGCCGUUCGAAACGAUGAUUAUCUCGCGCAACGGCAACAAACGCAUCUCCGAUCUGACGCUGCAGCAGAUCAACAAUCUGGCGAUCGUGAUCAAGGAGCUGACGAUCAAGUACGACAAUCUGUUCAAGUGCCCCUUCCCGUACAGCAUGGGCUGGCACGGUGCCCCGACGGCGGAGCUGGCAUCCGGGGGACACGAGGCGGACCGACACUGGACCCUGCACGCCAUCUACCUUCCGCCACUGCUCCGGUCGUCGACGGUGCGCAAGUUCAUGGUGGGCUUCGAGUUGCUGUGCCAAGCACAACGGGAUCUGACGGCCGAACAGGCAGCCGGCCGACUGCGGGAACUGUCCGGCAAGCGGCACUACAGCGAGCAUAUCGCCGCCCUGCGCUAGAUGCUCGCUUAUCACGUCCGGUUCGCUGCCAGGCUUGGCCUUGCGUUGCGCUUGAUAAGGUCCAGCCAUUCCAACUCGAAUGCCAAUAAAUUGCAUAAUCUUAACGA